CUGACAGUUGGUUUGUGUUUUUACAUCUCGAAUCGUGCCGUUGUAUAAAUUUGGUUAAGCGUGAAGAAGGUUCGUGUAUUGCUUCUGAUUUACUCGCCACUGGCCAUUUCACUCGUUUGCUUGUAUUAAUAGGCUCGCGCGUGCGCUUCCGUGCCGUCAUUCGCUGUCAAGCUCUCAUCUUUUCCCGUUGUUCGUGGUUCGAGACAGGGAAAUACAAUCGCCAUGGCAGCACCAGCUCGUACUGCGUCCCCGUCAACGGAGACCCGUCUGGAGGCUCUGGAGUCGUCGCUGCUCGUGCUGUCGCAGAAGAUGGAGACACUGCGGCCGCUGCUGCACCGCGUCCUUGAAAACAGCCAGGCGUUGCAGCAGCAGCAUCAACCAGCCGGAGGCGGGGCAGCAGCCUCGUCCUCUGUAACCUCCUUUGGGUCGCAGUUCCUGCACGACUUCUUUGCCGAGGACGACGAUGAGGGAGGUGGAGGCGACGUCUCCGAAGACUCUCAGGAGAGCCAGUGGACGGAGGAAGAUUUUGAGGCCAGCCGUCCGGUGGCACCCUACAUAGGCCGCUUUGUACGCCGAUGCUGGGAGUCACGGGGGCGAGCGGGACGCUGUCGCAAGGCUCGUUCAGCCUACCCAAACCCAAACUUGCCUUUCCUGAAGGUGCCUCGUCUGAACCCCGAAUUUGAGGGCUACAGUCGCUUCCGGGCUAUCGGCUUGGAUCGGGGACGGGACGAAUCGUUCCGCUGCACCCAGGCGUCGGUGAUGGGCGCAGUUGGUGCCCUGGUGGAUCUGCUGGACUGCUGCGAUCGCUCGGGUCCUCACGUGACUCGACAGGCUGUUGCCGAGCGGACAGGGGCGGCACUGGCCCACUUGGGUCGGGCGUUCGAGUCCCUAUCGGAGGAGCGUCGCUGCUCCGUGCUGAAACGAGUCGCACCCGACCAGCGGCGGUUGCUCGAUGGACUUCGUCCGACCGGUGCGGGAGACGGCGAGCAGUCGACGGAGUUUCUAUUCGGACCGCGGCUACGCGACCGUGCUGCCAAGCGAUCAGAGCUCGUCAGUCUACUUCACUUCCUGCGCGCCCGUGGCCGUCAGCUCCAGGAACAGUAUCAACAGCAGAACGGCAACGGAGUUCAAGGCACCAGCAGGGGUGCAUCGCGGCGGCGGCCCCGGACUCACUUUGGGGCCCCCAUUAGACGGCGAAGGACAUAACCAUCUGCUCUGUAGCCCUGCCCAUCGGACACGUCAGCACACUGACCAUGUAUUACAAUAAAAUGUAUUGACUAUUUGUACAAGGUG